AUGUGCUCGGUGGGGUCACCGCCAUGGAGCCAUGGGACUCUAGGAGUAUCAGCUCAAGGCUCUGCAGGCUCUCCGUCAGCGACCACAAGCGCGCCAGGGUCGUCGUGGGCACUUAUUUCAUUGGCGGAAGGACAGCAGCGGCGCGCGUUCGGCGGGGCGACCCAGCGAGAUCACGCGGAGGGGAGCGAGGACGUAGGGGUGCAUACGCGGUCCAGGGAUCCCCACCACCCGCGCCCACGAAGCCAGCCCCUGCUGGCAGGGGACGACCAGGACGCACAAGGGAGCCCUCUGGGUUGUGCGGCAGGAGGGCAGCAAGAGGAACGACGGGGCCAGCCGGAGGCACGGUAUGAGAUGACGCCUCCGCGUUCGAGCGGUGGAGCGCUUUCUCCACGCCGUCCAACCUUCGGAGAACGCGCUCUAGUUCGGACGGCGCUUGACGCGCCGUUCCGCCGCGACCAUAACCUCCCCGCUGCCCACGACGCCCAUGCCCACUUGCAUUCGAGUGAGCGGGCGACUGCUGGCGAGAUGGGACGCGUUGGCGCUGGCGACCAGGUGAUCGGCCCCCGUGACGAGGAGAGUAGAGCCGCUGGCGCUUUGACGGCCGCGGCGAACGCGCAGACGGGGACCGAGGGCGAGAAGCGUGCGGAGCAGGCGAUCGAUAAUGUGUGGCUUGGCAACCGGGCGAGCGGUGACGACACGACCGGCGGUCCGGAGAUCGGCUCCUCGAUGCCGCGCGGCGAGGUGAACGUGGUGAGUGCGGUGAUCGCGGCUUCCGAGGCGAUCGAGGCUCGGCGUGACGCUCCACACGGUGACUCUCCUGCCCAUCACCGCGCGCCACUGUCGAACGGCGACGAGGCGAACGUUCCUAGCGCGCCGCAGCCCCUGCGUCGGAGCGCACGACGGACUCCGCGCGCGCAGGCGCUGGUCCGGGCCGCUGAUCUUCGAAACGGCGACGAAUCUGAUCAGCGGCAGCCAGCGGAGCGACAGGGACGCUCGCGGCAGGACGCGCAGGAGGAAGCGGACGGGGAGCGAGAUCGCUCACCACGGAACACCCGCGGUCAGGAGCAGCCAAGGGAUCCAUCGGAGCAGCGUGAUGAUGGCGCUCGCCCAACGGGCGGCCGACGCGGCGGAGACCCCUACCCACACCGCCCCCCAACCUGCACCUGGCGGUAA